GUAAAAAAACGCGUCAGAGAUAGUAUAAAAGGAGCGUAAAACUUUUGAAAAUUCAGCAUUCGUUGCAAAAUGAUGAGGGGAACACUACUAAUCUUGGUGCUAGGACACUUGCUGGCAUUCUCCUGCGCUGCAGUAAAGAAGCCAGUAGUGCCGAAGAACAAACCUGUCGUGAAGGAUGUGGCAAAGAUUAAUAAGCCAGUGGUGGCCCGUGCUCGUUCUCGUUCUCAACCAGGAGGCAAAAUCAACAAGCAAAUCACAGACGGCUUCAAUUUUUAUUUCAGCUGGCAUGCGCUAAUUUCCUACACUGACAAUCCCAACAUUUGCGGCGGUACAUUGCUGACGGAGUAUUGGCUUGUGACAGCUGCCCAGUGCCAAUCCACCUCGGUGUCCAACAUAAAUAUUAGAAUUGGAUCAGCAUCGCGCACAGGCACAGGACAAGGAUUCCAAGCACCCACAGUGAAAACGCAGGUCGUUCACACUGGCUAUGAUCCUGUCACUCUAGCCAACGACAUAAUGCUGAUGGAAUUCAACGCAAGGACUUUCUUCAGUCCCAUUGCUUAUCCCAUCGACCUACCGUACGGCCCAGAUUUGACUGUUAAUUAUGUUGGGAAGUCGGUGCUGAUCGGUGGCUUUGGAAAAAAUUCAUCGACUGAUGCCGCAUUCAGCGACAAAUUUCGUGGUGGUUCUACAAAUGUUGUGGAUAUUAGUGCGUGCGCGUUACAAUUUGGAACUGAUCGCGUCUUUCCCAACAGUUUGUGCUUGCAAUGGAAAACUUUCGUGAGUUGCGAGGGAGAUACCGGUGGUUCUGUGGUGUACAAAAAAGAAAACAACUAUCAGAUUGAAAUGAUCCUCGGAGUUAUUUCGCAAAGUACAUCCACUUGCGAUGCCACCAAGCCGUUUGUGGCCACCAAUGUGAUACCUUAUAUGGAUUGGAUUGAGAGCUACAUUACACCAACAACAGCGACACCAACAUCAUCGUCAACAUCAUCAUCUUCAUCUUCAUCAUCAACGUCGUCUUCAGAAAGUUCUUCUUCAGAAAGUUCUUCUUCAACAACAGACACAUCGACAACACCCUGCACAUCUAAUUGUGGAGAUGUAUGUCCUGAAGACCCAGCGCCAAAGAUACCAGCUUCUGCCAAACCUGCACCACAGUGCUCAAACCAAAACUAUGAGGGCUUUGUGAACAAGUGCUGCAACGUCCCAAUGAUGAAUUUCAUGUUGCCAAACGGCGCUGACACCACGUGCAAACGCAACCCCUCCGUUGUGAAAUACUUCAAUGUCUUCAUGAUGAACAAAUUGCAACCUCCCAAGGCGUUGAACCAGUCAGUCAACUACACCGAUAGGAACUUGCUAAAAAAUAAUUCAGAUUGGUCCAGAGCUGCAGCAUUCCUGGACUGUCACCUUAAUCAAACAAACGUGACUGUCAACGGAACUGUAAACAAGGAAGCUUUGGUCACGUUUUUGUCCAAAACUAACAACAACAGCGCGAUUUGGGUGCCCAAGAUUGCCUGCGCCGUCUCUCAAUGCAUUGACAUUGUUUCCAAAAUUAACACCUCAAAUAAUGUAAUCAACGGAAAGGAAAAAAACAACGCCACAGCCUUAUACGUUGUCCAAUGCGUUCUUUUCAAAAUGAUCAAAAAUUGUCCUGACAGGAAAAUUACGCCAGCGUGUAACAAUUCGUAUACAAUCUUUGACCAAUGCUCGUUCUCUGUUUUACCAACAACAACAACAACAACAACAACCGCUGCACCUUUUGUAGGAAAGUUGCUAGCACGCGCUACACCGAAGCGCAAGAGUGGCUGAUUUGCAACUGAACGGACACGACAUUUCCUACCAAACAGAAACUAGACCCUUGGCGCGUUAUUUGGAAUGGAAUAAUGAAAAUAAGAUUACUUAAAAUACCUCAAACUUAAGCAGAAAAUUAAUAAUUACGCAGAUUUCAUUUCAUUUAAAUAAUACAUUUGGGCAUUUAAACACUUUUCUUUGCUUCAUUUUCAAAUUAUGGUAAAAAAUUUAAAUAAACCCAACAAUUUAG